CACCUCUUGAUGAUGUUCUUUCUGGCUAAGUUGAAGGUCAUCUCAUGUAACAAUGGAGGUUCCUUCAUCUCUAUCUCUCAGUCACCUCUUCGACCUUACCCAAUCUCCUACUUCCAAACCCACUACCCUCAUCCGCUGCUGUUCUUCCUCCUCCGCCACCGCGCCAAAACACGGCGGCCGGAGUACACCACCCUCUACCCCGGUUCUACCGUCCAAUAGAGCCACCCUUGGUCCAAUUCGUCUUAAAAAGGUGGAAGAAUUCCGGACCAAGGGAGUUGCUUACAAACCGCCACCCAACCACCACCUCCCACCACCCUCCAAAACCACCUUAAUCUCCCCUAAACCCUCUCCUCCGCCACCCAUAUCGGACGCAACCACCACUAUCCACCUCCAAGAAAAGCUCCUCUACCUCGACACCUUCGGAAUCGACCUAAUCCCGCUCCUCACCGCCCACCCGCCCCUCAUCUCCACCCCACUUUCCCACAUCAAAUCCACCAUGACCUUCCUUUCCACCACCAUCUCCCUCUCUCCACCCGCCCUCGACCGUCUCACAUCCCUCUGCCCCGAAGUCCUCACCCUCCCCCUCCCCUCCAUCGUCUCCAGCGUCACCUUCCUCCUCCGCGAAGCUCACGUCAGCACCCACCACCUCCGCCACGUCAUCCACCGCCGCCCACGACUCAUCACCUCCGACGUCAAAACCCGCCUCCGCCCCACCCUCUACUUCCUUCAAGGCACAAUCGGUAUUUCCGACAUUAGCAAACACGCCCACCUCUUAUCCUGCUCGGUGGAAGACAAACUCCUCCCCCGAAUCGAAUACUUCCACGAAAACAUCGGAAUCUCGUAUGACGACACGAUGUUGAUCUUCCGGCGGUUCCCCUCGUUGUUCUGUUAUAGCGUAAAGGACAAUCUUGAACCGAAGUUUAACUACUUUGUGGUGGAAAUGGGGAGGGAUUUGAAGGAGUUGGUGGAGUUUCCGCAAUAUUUUUCGUUUAGUUUAGAGAACCGGAUCAAGCGGAGGCACCUCCGGUGCAUGGAAAAGGGCGUGUGUUUGCCAUUGCCGGCAAUGUUGAGGUCGAGCGAGAAGCGGUUUAUGGAGAGGCUGGAGGUAUGUUGUAGUUCUUCGAUGCCGGUGAAAGAUUCGCCGUUUUGGAAGCUUACACAUAGUGAUUACCAAUGAUAUUGUUAAUGUAUUGACAUGGAUAUUAUCGUACCUCAUUGUUGUCAUUUUGUAUAUAUAUGUUAUUAAGAUUAAGAUUCAGGUUGUUUUGGGAA